CUAAAACUUAUACGCGCGUUCGGCAGCGAAUCACCGAGGCACACAGCGAAAUUGACGAAUCAAAACGGAGAUUUCAGUCCGCGAGCAGUUUAAAAUGCUUAAAUAGAACACUAAGGCGAAAAAUCAGCUGAGUGGAAAUAUUGCGGCAGUAACUGGCGCACAUUUAGCUGUGCGGCGAAACUGGACCGAGCUGCUGCACGGGCAAUAAUUGGUCCAAAAUUGGUCCUAGUUACAUUUAUAUCUUGUAUUGAUAUAAUCUGGGGCCAGAACACUCACUGGUUAAAAAUCAGCAAAAUUGUUGGGCAUUUGAUUGAAAGUCAAGAGCGCAAGGUCGUGGACUGUCGCAUCGUCCAGAGACAGAGAGGAGGAGAGCUUCAAGUAAGUUCAUCAGCAUCACCUUAGCCCCAAAAUGGCUCUCUGUCUGCGCCUUGCAUCCCGCUCAGUUGCAGCCAAUUGCAGCAGCAGGAUUCUUCAAAAGAGCCUGCUGACGACAAGCAGCAGAUCAUGGGCGAUCCAGCAGUACUCUGCCGAAGAGUGGGAGAGGAAGAACGAGAAGAUGGGCCGGCCGCUGUCGCCCCACCUCACCAUCUACAAGUUCCAGCUAACCUCCAUGCUGUCCAUCACCCACCGCGCCACUGGAAUGGGCCUCCACUUUGGCCUGCUCGGCUUUGCCGGAGCCAUGGUGCUCCUGCCCAACAGCUACCCGUACUACCUGACGCUCCUUGCUGGCUCGGGUGGCGGCAAGGCACUGCUGGUGGCCUCAAAGUUCAUCAUCAGCUGGCCCUUCUUCUUCCACACCUUCAACGGCAUCAGGCACCUGGUGUGGGAUAUGGGCAAGGGCUUCUCCAUCAAGACCCUGUACAAGUCGGGAUACGCUGUCGUAGGCCUGUCCAUUCUUGCAGCCCUCGUGGCUGCCGUCGUGUAAAUGUCUGGCAGUUUAGAAGGUGAGCUGCCCUGCAUGUAUAUAUGCUGUUCAAAGUGUUUGAUGUCUGGAGAAGCGGGUGUUGGAAUUGGUUUAUGAUGAUAGCUUUCAAAGCUUUUGUGGCCAUGUGAAUGUCAAGUGGCAGAUCUUUCACCCAGACUAGCUUGGCUUUAAAAUGUCUAUGCUUUUUCAUAUCUACCUACAUCAAAGCUUUAUCCCUGUCGAUUUUGCUGGUCCACUAUUUCUCAAUUAUAUUAGGGAAAUUUUCCCUUCUGCAUUUCAAGCAAAAUCUUGUGACUUACUUUCUGAAGAAUAAUGGUUUGCUAGCUUGUGAUGAUGAUAAAUAAAUGUGGAAAGAUUGAUGUCA